GCAGCCAGCACCCACCCAUCCGGCCCCAUGACCCUGCCUCCACAGCUCUCCUUCGCCCUCUACGUGUCCGCCUUCGCACUGGGCUUCCCGCUGAACCUGCUGGCCAUCCGAGGUGCCGUGGCCCACGCGAGACUGCGACUCACCCCCAGCCUGGUCUAUACACUCCACCUGGGCUGCUCUGACCUCCUCCUGGCCAUCACGCUACCCCUGAAGGCUGUGGAGGCCCUGGCUUCUGGGGCCUGGCCCCUGCCACUCCCUUUCUGCCCUGUCUUUGUCCUGGCCCACUUUGCCCCGCUCUAUGCAGGUGGAGGCUUCCUGGCGGCUCUCAGUGCCGGACGCUACUUGGGGGCUGCCUUCCCCUUCGGGUACCAAGCCAUUCGGAGGCCCCGUUAUUCCUGGGGCGUGUGUGUGGCUAUAUGGGCCCUUGUCCUCUGCCACAUGGGACUGGUCCUUGGUUUGGAGGCUCCUGGAGGGUGGCUGAACAACGCCACCAGUUCCCUGGGAAUCAACAUACCUGUGAAUGGUUCCCCAGUCUGCCUGGAAGCCUGGGAUCCCAACUCCGCCCGCCCUGCCCGCCUCAGUUUCUCCAUCCUGCUCUUCUUUCUGCCCUUGGUCAUCACCGCCUUCUGCUAUGUGGGCUGCCUCCGGGCCCUGGCCCACUCAGGCCUGAGCCACAAACGGAAAGUCAGGGCAGCUUGGGUGGCUGGAGGGGCCCUUCUCACACUCCUGCUCUGCUUGGGGCCCUACAAUGCCUCCAAUGUGGCUAGUUUCGUAAACCCGGACCUAGGCGGAUCCUGGAGGAAGUUGGGGCUCAUCACAGGGGCCUGGAGUGUGGUGCUCAACCCAUUGGUCACUGGCUACUUGGGAGCAGGUCCUGGCCGAGGGACAGUAUGUAUGCAAGGAGGAACAAUUCAGAAGUAGCAGCCACCUCUGGAGUCAAGGGGCACUGAA